ACAAUUGUGAAAAUCCGAUAAAUGAAUUGUUUUUAGAAAUUGAACAACAAUGCCAUUGAGCCCGCAUUGUAUUCAAGCUAUGACAAAAACGAGACCUCUCAAUGGUCAAUGUUCCACCCCACAGUUCUCCAUACAUUAUUAAUUCGUUGUGACUAUUCUGCCUAYGCUCUCACACUUCACUAGCUCUCUGCGAACACUCCCAGAUCAAUAUAGCGAGCAAUUAGUGCGAUUUAACACUUCUGAAAACAUCCACUUAAGUUUUUUAGCACUAGUUGGUUUGACUUGUUCCUCRGCUUGAGCUUAGCUCUGCGCGGACGCCAUCUGAAAGGCUUUUGAAGCGGAUUAACAACAUUUCUUGCGCAGUAAUCUUUUAACAAAGGAUUUUACACGCUGAAUGGUCGAAAAGAAUAGAAAAUAUCUUGAUUCAACGUGGGAAAGGCUCAAUAUGCAUGCUGCAGAGCUUUACAACUAUUUCCUACUGRAACAGUAGUGGGAAGCACGAMCUCGGSAAGCUCGUAGUCACUACAGUUCGCCACGAACACYGAAGGGAAGGAAUAUAAUUUAAUCGUGGGCAAUAAUUAACAGGUAAGCCAUGAGCUAUUACUCAGGAUCAAGCUUAAGCAGCUACAGCGGACUAACGUCCAGUUACAGCAGCUACGGCAGCAGCUCUUCUUACAGACCAAGCAGAUCAAGCUACAGUGGUUAUUCUUCAUCAACCUACGAGCCUUACUCAUGGCGGAAAACGUCAGCAUCUUACGCCCCAAGAACGUAUGAUUUUGGAACCUCCAGUUUCUUGUCCAAGUCUUACGGGUCCAGUGACCACUAUUCCAGGAAGUAUGACGAAUAUUCCUGGAAGGCAAAGGAUUUGUUGACUGACAACCCAGAAAACAAGGAAGUGGAUGUCCAGCUCAGGGAAUCUACCAAAGAGAAACGUGAAUUCACAAGUGUGACCGAUUCAGAAGAUAAAGAAGAACUGGUAACAGCUGAAGACAACAAGAUUGGAGCGAAUUCCAGUAAAGAUUCAAACAAAGAUUACUCGAGGGAAGAUUAUUCGCGCUACUCAAGGGAGGAAAAUAACCGUGACCGUUUGAAUGAUCUUCUCAAAUAUGAUUACAGUAAGGAUAACUCGCGCGACACCGACUCGAAGGCGGAAAACACGCGCGACGAUUCAACUGACAUUUUCAAACGUUAUUACAGCAAAGAUUACUCGCUUGACAAAGAGGAUAACACAAAUGACGAUUCAAAUGAUCUUUUCAAAGGUCUAUACAACAAGGAUUACUACACCAAGUAUCACGGGAGGGAAAAGUUACCCAGAGAAUAUUCAAAGAAACGCAGUGUUAGUGAUAAAAUAAAUGAAGAAGACGAGAAGAGUACCAAAGGGCUUGACAUCAACAUGAACUACUCAAACGACAAGGAAAAUAAUAAAGACGACAGAAAAGAUUACCACACUUCCUCACUCAGGGACAUGGACAGGAAGAAAACCUCUCUUCCAAAGAAGAAAAUAUUCGAUUUUGAAGACGACGAUGUAUUCACCGCACCACAAUACGAAAGCUCUUUGGAGUCGGGGAAAGGAGUCUUGUUUAACGACGCGAGAAAGCCAUUGAAUACACCAAAGAACAACAACGACUCAAAUCAACGUGAAAAAGAUAGAAAUUCCUCAGUCAAGCCAAAGCCAGACAACUCAGAAAAUCACAGGAUUCAAAAACCAAAGAGAAAAAACGGAAAUGACGUCAYCGACUCUGCACCACUGCGCAUGCACCGACAGGGUGUCGCCAAGUUCAUCUCAGCCAUUCCGGAUCAACAGCGUUAUGUUAGCUCAGUGAACUUUCUCCCCGACCGUAUAGAGCUUCGCUUCAUAGGUGUUCCUCACAAACAUAAGGAGAUGAAAAGAUGUCGUUCCAUCACAGAUUUGUAUGAAAUUACUGUCAAGCCAGARCAAGAGGAAAAACACAAGAAACAAAUUCAUCCAUGGGAAGACACGAUWCAGUGCGAAAAACAAGACAUGUCAUAUUCGUACGACAGCGAGAAUGAAAUUCUUUAUUACACGAAGCCCAGACAYGAGCACACCAAAGAGAUGUACAUCUCUCAAUACACGCAUCAUUUUGACCCUGACGAACCUCGGACGCAUAUCGCUGGAUGGAAAUGCGAUGUCGAGCCGAAUGGCAUUCCGCAUCAGAAAUCCCGUAUGUGCGUGGUCAGAAGUCCCGUUGUUUCAGAGUCCCGCAGACGCGUCCCGCGACCCAAGUCAGCUCCACCACAACUCUUCGCCCGUCCAUUAAGUCCCGAAACCCCGAUUCGCUCACAGAAAGUUGACGUUGUCGAACGAGGGUAUAGUACUCUUCCUCGCACGAAGGGAAGGCAGGACGAUUUCUUCUUUCAAACAAGCAUCGACGAGAGCCCCACCGAAGACGUUUCGUCCAUUGGUUACGCACCCAGCGACGACACUUCCGACUCKUCAGCCUUUUUCUUYAACGACCCUCGUUUCCAUUCCCAAAAUCAGUACGACARCCAACACAAWGACCCRGACUUCGGGUUUAACAGGCCGAAGCUGAUCMGAAUAUCAGCCGAAUUUCCUGGUAUCCGAAAUUUGGAAAAGAUGAGACGGAAACGUCAAAGUAUGGGGUCAUAUUCGUCGGCAGGCUCUCGGUCAUCAGUCGGAGAGUCGCCGUCACCACGGAAUGGAGAGUACGGCUUCUUYAUUGCGAUGACCUCAGGGGAUCCACGAAAACCUCAACCCAAACGACAGCAUCGCCACUCACAUUAUUAUUAAUAGAUUCAUGUUAAUGAGUACCCAUCUAAACAUACCAUGGCCAAGGAACAUUGUUGGCUUAUUUUUGAGAUAACUGAGAUGACUCUUUCAAAUUGUAAAUAAGCGCACAAUAUUUCUUCUUCUUUAUAGAAAUGCAAAAAGAAUUUUAGGUUUCAUUGAUAUUUAAUGCAUGCGUUGUUUAUUUAUUACAUCAUAGGAUAAGAACAUUUUCGAUUGUGCGRUCGAAAAGAACUAUGGGUAGGCAGAUUAGGUAGAAAAAUACUGAAACUCUUCGACGACAAUUUGUUCGGUAAUAUGCCUUUUCGCGGUUUAAAACAAAGCGGGCAACAUGUUUACUGCAUCCAUCAAAUUAAGAAGAGUGCCAAAUCAUAUCAAAACUAUGAAUUUUUUCACCAACAUUCAUUGCAAAAAGAUAARCAAGCUAACAAAUGACAACUUUUUGGGUUGUUGCCAGAUUUUGCCUCGUUUUGGUGCAAAAACCACAGGGUCCUUGCGCAACUUGUUUUUGUGACCGCGAAAAGAGUAAUUGAGCUGGAAAAAGCUUCAAUACAGGUAGACAGAGAUAAAACGUGAUCUCUGCCGUCAGAGAUGAAGUUACAAAAGCUCGUUGAGAGUAAAAACACUUAUAAAUGAUUAAUUGUCUUAGGAACCCUAGUUAGGAGUUARAAACCCUAUACGAUUAUCGUGAAACAUUGUAAUAAACUGGGGCUCCCCUUUGAUGGUCACAACGGCGUACGUUGCUGAAAGAUACUUUUAAGGCCCUGUGCYAUAGUGCAAUUUUAGUUUUUUUAUCAGCAUCGUACAAGGUAAUGGUGGUACAAGUCUACGUGCUGCACAAUUGUACGCAUUGUGACAUGAGCUGUCUASAGUACACAGCUCACAUACAGUUUAAUGGCUCAAAAUGUUCAAGGCAAGCUGCCUGAGGAGUGAUAUGACACUGCGCAAUGGCUUUGCAARUUGGUUUUCGCAGCGAAGAAAAUGUCGAAACAAAACUUGUAUAGUGCGAUGUGCAAUUCUACAGCCGCUGUUUACGCGCCUUUGCGAAAGCAUAUUUCAUACGUUAUCUAAAUUAAAAUCGUGCGAAUAUAGCAUGACCAAUAAGACUAUAGAAAGCAAGAUUUUGUCGCACAAAAAUAAUGAAUGAAACUAACUGACUUUGGAUCGAAAAGGAUUAUUCAUUCUGUAAUUGAUAAAAGUAACUGAAGAAUACAUUAAAAUUAUUCGUCUCACGAUUAUGAA